UCCACGUACCGGAUUUGCCUUCCGCGCCCCUUCAAAAGCCGCCGGCAACGCGACAGGCGACACCCGCCGGAGGCAGCGCACGGGACGGACGGUCACCGCCCACCACCAGCACAGUCCACUGGCACGCUGCGACUGGCCUGCUGCACGGCGUAGUGCCAGCCGGCGGGGAUGAAGAAGUGUGCGUCGGAGCUGGAGCUGGAGGCGUUCAUCCGGGAAGACGCCGCCCACGCGGACGCCGGGCGGAACAAGCCCAGCGGCAGAGCACACGCCGCAGGGUUCGACGAGCCCGGAGGCAGCGGCAGGUUCUCACCCGGCGCCGGCGGCCUGCCCGGCAUCGGUUUCGGCGACCCGAACACCAUGGAUGAAAGCAGUUGGUGGUUCGGGGGCGUCCGUACGCCGGACCCGGCCCUCCCAACCACGGUUGAGUCGCAGACGGCUUCCAUCUUCGGUAAGAGACAUACAGCCCUGCAAUCUAUAAAAGCUAGUCCUAGGGCAACCGCAUCAGAGAAUCACGCUCUUGAAAGCGAGUCAGACUCCGACAGCGAAUCUUUGUAUGAUGUAGAGGGAGGUUCAUGUGAGCGAAGAACCAAAUCUAAGGAAACAAAGCGAAUAAGAAGGAUGGUGUCCAACAGGGAGUCCGCUCGACGAUCCAGGCGGAGAAAACAGAUACAGUUAGCUGAACUCGAGUCACAGGUCGAACAACUUAAAGGUGAAAAUUCAACCUUGUUCAAGCAACUUUCAGAGGCCAACCAGCAGUUCACCACCGCAGUCACAGACAACAGAAUCCUCAAAUCAGAUGUAGAAGCCUUAAGAGUCAAGGUAAAAAUGGCAGAGGAUAUGGUAGCGAGAAGCGCAAUGUCCUGCGGCCUACGCGACCUCGGUCUGGCACCAUUUCUGAACUCCAGAAAGAUGUGCCAAGCGUUGGGUAUGCUCAGUGUCGCAGGGCUGGACUUGAUAGAGAGUGAUGCAUGCUUCAGAGGUCCAACCCCAGCUCGACAAGUUCAGAACUCACCGAUACAAAGCACUGCAAGCCUAGAGUCUCUGGAUAACCGGAAGUCCAGCGAGGUCACCAGCUGUGCGGCAGACAUGUGGCCUUGAGAUUGAGGCCAUCGAUCAGAUUCAAAGCUUCAUUGACAGAAAAAGCACCAUUCCAUCACCUCAAAUUUCCUUGAACCAUAUUUCUGCGCUUUACCAUGCAUCACUCCUUUGAUGUAGCUAUGCCGUACUGCACGUCUGCACCACUGGGAAAUAUACUUUUUACCAGCAGUUGCCAUGGCAACCAGAGAAUGCGGCAGACCUCAAAUAAAAUUUCAAGUAGAAAAUGAAGUUGUCUUUGUACAAAGCUGCAAAAGCAGAGUAUAGAAGUAGAUGAAAUAUCCUGAAUCAAUAUGUGAAGUAGGGAAUGAUGCUUAGGAUCCGAUUGGAGGACAGGUGAGACAAUCAGUUUACAAAAAAAAGGAGAAGCGAUAUAUUGUUUAGAAAUUACUAAAACUCACAGGAUGACAGAUAUGUUUGAUCCAAUACAAGUCCGCUAGUGGGUUUGCAGCACUAGUUCUAGUGUAUUCA